UUAUUACGGACUUUGAAAAUACUAUGGUUCUUGCAGCACAAAAAGUUUUCCCAGAAGCCCAUAUAAGUGGAUGUUACUUUCGAUUUGCUCAGGAAUUGUUUAAAAAAUGGUCUGAAUAUAAUCUUGGAGUUAUUUAUGGAAAUGAGAAAAGUCAAGCUGGAAAUAUUGCGAGGAUGACAUUUCGACGACUGAUUUGUCUUGCGCUUAUUCCAAUGGCUUAUGUUAACCGUGCAUUCUACAAAAUUGUUGAAGGUGCCAGACUUUCACAACUGGCAGAAUUCUUCUUUUAUUUCAAACAAACUUUUAUUGGACUGACAGAGCAGGAAUUUAGAAUGAAGGCAGCCGCUUUUGGAUCAAAUUUUGGACAAAAUCUAAUUUAUUCGGGACCUGAGGAGGAACACGUUUAUGAAGGUUUUUUAAAGUAUAAAAUAUUGGGGAGAUUUUAG